CCACACCUACUGCGCACUUUCGAUUUGAAACGAAACAAGGAAUAAUUACAAUGGAUCAGUUGAAUAAAGCAUGAGUACAAAACCCCACUAGAUGGCGCAGUGUGUCGCCUGCUCGAUUCAGUGCAACGAGGAAGCACACAGUUGUCCGAAAUGUCUCAAGACAUACUGUCCAAGUUGCUACCUCUUGAAACAGAAGCUAGAGGCAUCGACCUGUCGGCGGCGAAAUUGUAAUUGCUCACAGUUCAUCGCUCUAAAGACGAAUGGCCAUGACAAUAGUCCGUCAAGCGAGCAGAUCAGACAGGAUAAAAGACAAGUCCAAGUGACAGAUGAAGUAUCAAAGACAAAUAGUACUGGCAAUAUUGACAACAAUUGGGAAUUCACCGGACAAGCCCUUAAAUAUGAUACCAUCCCAGAAAAGCCCAAACGAAUGCAGACAACGGCAACCAAUGUCAGUAUAAAUCCGGCAUUGUCACAACGAAAGGCCAGUAAAGCACAUGCAAGAGAGGCUCCGAUACCAUCGGGGACCAUUACACCUGCAAGACAAUGGACGGAGAGUGAAUCUGAUAGCGAGGAUGACAACAAAGGUCGCCGGCACCGUGUGGUUCCGAUGAAGCCCCGAUUUCAGUCCGGAAGCUACCCAAGUACGCACUGGAACAAAAGUUAUAGUGAUACAUCCAAUUCUGAGAGGCAGGGAAGUUAUUCACAGACGGAUUAUAUUGAUGAUGAUUUUAUCGUAGAUGACCUAGACAUGGAUACAUUCGAUGAGAUACCACCUUAUGACGAGAUCCCAUAUGCCUUAAUAAGCUGUGGUGUUUAUGAUGAAAAAAGCAUUCGAAUAGCUCGAAGGAAACAGGUACAGAAGAAGCUACUACAAAAUUUUCAACGAGACUCAAAUGUCCCUUCCAAUGGUGACAAAAAUGGACAAAUACACGAAGAUGAUCAAGAACUUAAAGACACAGAAAAAGAAAUGGAUGAUUUGAUAAAUGGUUUAAAGGAUUUAGCCGAAGGAAACAAUGAUAAGCCGAAAAAUGCAUUGUUUGAAACUAGACAACAUCAGGAUGCUAAAAUUCAAAAUCAACAAACCCUCUCUCAACCAUCUACUUUUGAGGAAAACGACAUGUCGAACCCUGAUAUCGGAGACCCGCCAUUCACAACUAGUUCAACAGACAGUUCUAAUUCUUUGAAAAUGUCAGUAACGCGAAACAGUAAGACGAGCACUACAUAUAAACAUACAGGCGAGUAUUUGAAUAAAAAUAAAAUGGAUUUAAUGAACGCGAGUACAACAAUAUUAGAAACACAGAAAGAUGUACAAAGACCUCCGUCUCCAAUAAAUGUCAAAUCGUCUGAAGACGAAAAAAAUACGAAGGCAAAUUGUCUCAGUAGUAGGCAUGAAUCAGAACAAGAGACACGCAUGCGUGAAAAGCGCCUUCAAAAGUUUCAGCAAGAUCGAAAGUCUGCAUGUGCGGUUAAUCGUAAUACCCCAAAACUAGAUAACAGGGAUCUCGCUCCGAACUCGCAACCUUUGUUAAAGCCAAUUAAAUGUACAGCUUUUAAGCAUAACUUAACAGUCGAAGUUCUAAACAAAGAACAGGAAAAUAAAGAAGCCAUUUAUGAUAAGCAUGAAAACAAAACACAACACGAAAUGCACCGUGAAGUGACACAAAAUAACGUGUCAAUUGAACAUGCUUAUUCAACUUUAAUGGAAACUGCGGACGAGAAGAGUAAAGAAAUAUUAAAUACACAACAUAACACGCCAUCAAAUGAAAGUGAUUCUGAUGAUGACUGUGUCGUUCCUACGGCUAUGCGAGUACUCAAUACAUCAAAACGAAAAAAUGAAGCAUCUAAAUCUAAGCGUGAUCUCACUGAAACAUUGUUAGGCACUAUUCUAAGCAUAGCAACAGAAAAUAAAAUCAAACCAGCUUUAAAGGGAAGCGGAGAGCAAAAUGGCCAAAAGAUAGAUAAUGGGGAUACCGCUCCGAAAGCGCAACCUAUGUCAAAAUCAAUUACAUGUAAAGCUGUUAAGCAUAACUCAUCAGUCGAAGUUCUUAACAAAGAACAGGAAAAUAAAAAAGCCAUUCAUAUUAAGCAUGACAACAAAACACAACCCGAAAUGCCCCGUAAAGUGAAACAAGAGAUCGUGUCUACAGAACGUGUUAAUUCAACUAGAACGGUAAAAGCGGACAAAAAGCCCGGAGAAAUUAAAGAAACACAACAUACGUUGUCAUCAAAUGAAAGUGAUUCUGAUGAUGACAGUGUCGUUCUUACGGCUAUGCGGGCACUUAAUACACCCGAUCGAAAUGACAAGGCAUGUAAAUGUAAAUGUGGUUUUGCUGAUACAUUAUUCGACACCCUUUUAAGCAUAUCAACAGACAAUAAAACCAAACCAGCUUUGAAGGGAAGCAAGAACAAAAACAAAACAUCUACCAAAUCAAGCUCUGGUUCUGGCAUAUUGAAAGACAAAGUAAGCAAGACAUGUAUGAAUGAUGAGGAAAGGCAGACGUUUAUUGACACCAUUGAAUCUACACUUGCGACAAAAGCCGAAACUCUUAAUUCUGCGUUUAAACAUAUGAGGAUGAAGCAAUCCAAACUUCCAAAAUGCCCAGCAUGUGGAAGUACAGAUUGUAAAGAAAAAAGCGGAGGAGCAGUUCAAGAGCUGGUAGUUGCAGCAAGAAAGGAAGGAUAUGAAGUUCAUGAUGUCAGCCCUGAUGGAAACUGCAUGUUCGCUGCCCUUGUUGACCAGCUAGAGAUGUAUGGCGACACUCGGUUUGAUGUUAGAUCGUUGCGAGAAACAGCGGUUAACUGGCUGAAGGAACACCCCCACCUUAACGACGGGGAAAACACACACUUCCAGUCAUUUAUAGACGAAGACUUGGAUGCAUAUUUGCAACGAAUGAGAAUGGAUGGGGAAUGGGGUGACCAUCUACAGCUAAGAGCUGUGUCAAAUGUUGUAGAGAGUACAAUCAAAGUGUUGAGUAUUCGAAACAGGGACGUUGUUUGGACGAGUAUAUGCUCAGAUAAAGAUACUCAUUCCAGUGACCGCGUGCUUACCGUCGGCAACGUCAGCGAACGUCAUUAUUCAAGUCUCUGGCCAUCAGAAAGAAAUCUGGAAUCAGGGAAUUUGGAUAAGCCAUUAGAAACACAUCUUCCGGAGAGGCUGGAUACUUAUCAAGACCCUGCCGAGUUGGUCAUGUUUGGCAGUGAUUAUGUUGACCCAGUAAGCGGUGUCCCAUCAUGUCAUGUGUCGUUCCUUCUGAAUGCAGUAGCCCCACUACGCACAGUGUUAGAUGGAUCUGCUAUAGUUUCGUCGCAGAUAGUAGAUCAGGCCAAUAUCGUUGUUAAAACCUUUGAAAAAAUGCCAAAGACAUACCACAACCAACCAAUCGAUAUGGAUCCAGUACCAGUCGGCAGUUUUAUGGAAGGCACAUUUCAUCCAGGGCUUUGCUGGCUUGAAGGGAAAGAUAACGAGAUGAAACAUUGGCAGAAUUCCGGUAUUUUACUUAAGAUGAAGCUACCGAAAGAUAGUAUUGUGUUGGAAGAAGAAUCAUGCUGUAAGUUUGGAUACACCAGAAUUAUACAACCCAGUACAACCCUUUAUGAAAAUAAGCUAACCUUCGUCUACAAACUACAUUUUCAACGACCUCCUUUUAAUUUUCCGAUUCAGUUCAGGCACUCACAACCCAAAGUAAGCGGUUCAGUUCAAAUGGAACCAAUAUACUGCUACUCUAUUUCGAAAUGGCCAGAUCAAGCUAGGGAAUGGCUUGUCAGAAAGCGAUACCAAAACUGGCCCCCGCAACACAUCAGAUCUGAAAUUGAAUCAAAGGGCUGUGUUCUGUCAGCGUCGUGCCAUCCUACAAGUGACAGUCCAACCAUAGAAUGGAAGUACUUAUUUAGCGAAGCAGAUACAUCAUUGUUCAAGGAAGCACUUUCUGAACAUCAGAAGUACUGUUAUCUGCUAUUUCGAUACUUCUGUAUGCAUAAUUUAAGUGAAGUGCAACCAUUCAACAUUGACAUUCUGAACAGCAUAUUUUUCUUCAGUUGUGAAAGAAUUCCCUGUGAUGUUUGGGAAACGUCUAUUGCUGGUUGCCUUUUGUUCAUGAUAAACGAACUCCAAAGUGGGAUAAGAAAAAAGGGAAUUCCACAUUACUUUAUAGUUAAGAACAAUAUGAUAGAUCAUUUCAGUGCGGAGGAAAUAAAUCUAGUCGAAGAAAGUCUAUGUCAAUUUAGGAUUCAGCCUUUACUGCAUAUUCGACGACUAAAUGAAAGCUUGGAGGAACUCACAAAUUGUUCAACUGUUUUUGAAAAGGUUAACGACAAUUUGCAACAAUUUGUUAGCGUAAAAUCGUCGACUCUACAAGUAUUUGUACCAUGUCAGAUUGAAAAAGCUCAGUACUUCAUUCGACACUUUUAUUACGAGGGAGGUCUUGAGAAAUUGAAUGAAGCUUUCCAAGAGCGUUUGGCAGUGAGUACUUGUAAUGACAGCAUGCCAUUCCAGGUGUUUCUACAAGCUGCAUUUAGCGGACUCAACUUUGCUGCAGCAGUUUGGUUUGCCUUAUACGCUGACAAAAUGCUUCACGGUCAACUUUCCAAAACUUUGAUGAGGGAAGUUUGCUCCGAUCUACACUUACUGCGAAUAGAUGAAGUACUGCCCAGGGACGUAGCAGGCUCUUACGUUGAGUCAGAGGUGCCGAUGUCUUUUACGUUAGCGUUCGAUUCAUUUUGUCACGAUUACGCAGCCUUCCUUGCGUUUAUCGGGAAAAAAUCAGAAGCCCUUCCUGUUCUCGAGUUUUGCGCAAAGAAGCACAAGCAAUAUCAAAGUCAGCUGAAGGAAAUGACUAAAACUGGGAAAAACGUUGAAAGCUGUGCAUUUAAUGACCAGAACAUGUUCUCUGUGUAUGCAGCGAUUUUUGCACUUUACAACAAGGAACAAGAGAAUGAAAAAUUCUGUGAAUAUUCAGACGAAGCUAGUGAACUUGUAACACGGAUGAAAAAAGGCUACGCAUUUUUGUGGCUAAAAAUGGUAUUUGCCGUGCUUUACGGCGAGGCAGGUUUGAAAAGACUAGCGGACCAACCCAAGAACUCCACUCCUUCUGAUAUAGAAAUGUCCGCGAAGUUUAUGAAUUGGCCUGUCCGCUAUCUGACGUCCUAGAGGGAAUGUGAGGGGGAUGAAAUUGGCAUUUAAACCGGUCCAGUCGUUUUCUGAAAUCCAGUAUAAAAAAAUAAAAUUUAUUAUUAAAGUCAUUAUUUGGUAUAUUUAUGUUAGAUAAAUUGGCUAAAAUUAGAUUAACCUUUUUUAAAUCAAAAUGAAUUAAGUUAAGAAUACUCAAAAAAAUUAAAUAAUUUUUUUUUUAAAUAGUAUAGUAAUGAUAUAUAAUAUUUAUACUCUGCAUAAAUAUAGAUGCACUUUGUGUGUGUGUGUGUGUGUGCGUGUGUGUGCGUGUGUGUGUGUGCGUGUGUGUGUGUGUGUGCGUGGUGUUUUUAUCAUCAUUUGAUAUCAUUCAUAAACUUGAUGAUAACAAUAUGCUUUGUUUGUACAAUGUUUGCAUAUAUGUGUUAUUAAAUAUGUUUUUCUCUUAUCAUAUUUGCUUGAGUGAAAUUCAUGGCCGGUAAUCAUUGGAGCCACAAUAUUUGCUAUGCGUUAAAAAAUGCAUACGGAACUUUUCUUUGUUGUAAUGCCAGUGAGUAGAAAAUGUAUGAUAACGGUUAGUUUGGUCUCUUAAAUUUUGUUCAGAGGUUUAAACGAGUAAAGUUAAUAAAAAUCGAGGAAUGUGGUUUCUUAUGAAAUUGACUAUGUCUUGUGUUAUAUCGAAAAGUUGUGAACAAAUAUCAAAACAAAUUGCUAAUAAAAUCUGGAUUUUCAUGAAAAGUGUUA